AUGUCAUCUCGGGAGCGCCGAACAGAAUUUUUCAUCAAAACAGAGCCGGCCUCCCCAGACAGCCUUGCUCAACACAGUCCAAGCGGUUCGUCUGAUACCAGCGCCAGCGGACCUCCCCAGGAACUCGAGAGUGCGGGACCGCUGCCUGUCGGGACAGGGGCACCCCGUCGCCGCCAUGACGAUGAUGCGGACGACCCCCCAGGACGGGGCAAAUACAUGCUGAGUUCCAUGCCCAAGCGGCUCUGCUUGGUGUGCGGGGACGUCGCCUCGGGGUAUCACUAUGGCGUGGCGUCGUGUGAAGCAUGCAAGGCGUUCUUCAAGCGAACCAUACAAGGCAGCAUUGAGUACAGCUGUCCGGCCACCAACGAGUGCGAGAUAACAAAGCGGCGUCGGAAGGCUUGCCAGGCGUGCCGUUUCACCAAGUGCCUGCGUGUGGGCAUGCUCAAAGAAGGGGUACGUCUGGACCGGGUGCGGGGAGGGCGGCAGAAGUACAAGCGCCGGCCUGAGGUGGAGGGUGCCACCUACCCCAGCGCCUUCGUCUCCCCGCAGAUUGCCAUGGCAACCGCAAAGAAACCAGCUCCAAUGAACACAAUGGUGUCGCACUUGCUGGUGGCGGAACCCGAAAAGCUGUAUGCCAUGCCUGACCCUGCGCUUCCUGAUGGACCCGCCAAGGCGGCGAGCACGUUGUGCGACCUGGCUGACCGGGAGAUCGUGGUCAUCAUAGGCUGGGCCAAAAACAUACCCGGUUUCCCAGCGCUGUCCUUGGCAGACCAGAUGUCCGUGCUGCAAAGCGUAUGGCUGGAGGUCUUGCUGCUGGGGGUGGCCUGGCGCUCCUUGCCCUGCGAGGAUGAGAUCGUCUUUGCGGAGGACUUUGCAUUAGACGAGGAUGCGGCUCGGGCGGCGGGGCUGCUGGAGCUCAGCGGCGUGGUCCUACAGCUGGUGCGCAAAUACCGUGCCCUGCGCCUGGAGCGGGAAGAGUAUGUGCUUCUCAAGGCAUUGGCGCUCGCCAACUCGGACUCCGUGCAUAUCGAAGACAUGGCUGCCGUCCAACGGCUCCGGGACGUGCUCCACGAGGCCCUGCUGGAAUACGAAGCGUCGCGGCGCCCCGAGGAACCCCGCCGCGCCGGACGCCUCCUCCUUACCCUGCCCCUGCUGCGCCAGACGGCCACCCGCGUCCUCCACCAUUUCUACAGCCUCAAGUUGGAGGGCAAAGUCCCCAUGCAUAAGCUUUUCCUGGAGAUGCUGGAGGCCAUGAUGGACUGACGGAUAGGCCGUGGGGGGCAGGAUUGGGGACAGG